CUAGUUUUGCUAACCACCCCAACUGUCAAAACCAAAACGUAAAAAUGGCGAAAACAAAAACAGGCAUUUGUGCUGUUAUCUUAUCAGUAGCAUCCUUCUUUUUUAUUUUAACCGCGUUCUGUUCCGGUUAUUGGCUCGUCAACGACGGCAAGAUCUCCAACCCGAAAUUCCUCCGUAUAGGUUUAUGGGAGGUCUGUUUUGAUAAAUUCGAAGAUUUUAGACACCACUACGACAACCAGUUUACUGGCUGUUGGUGGGUGUUUGAGGAAGAGUAUUAUAUAAUUCACGAUUUCCUCCUGCCUGGCUUCUUCAUUGCCACCCAAUUCUUCUUCACACUGUGCAUGACUUUAGUUCUAGUGGCUGUAGCCCUGACGUGGAUUUACUGUUUCUGCAGCCGAGACCACGACAAAUACAUUAUUUUAUUAAUGAGCAAUGCGUUAAAUCACUGGAUCGCUGGUUUGUGUGGCUUUAUUUCAGUCAUGAUAUUUGGAUUGAAUGGAGACAGAAGAGAUUGGAUGCCUUACUGGCAACACAACGAUUUAGGUUGGUCUUACGCGUUUGCCGUUGUGGGAUCCUUACUUUUGUGGCCUGCGGGGGCCUUAUAUCUAGCUGAGGGGCGACGAGCCCGUUACCGCCAAAUGGGACACUCAAGACCUGCCUCUGAAUACAGUGUUGACGUCCCCAAAUCGUCACACACCGACAUUUAAACUCAACGAAUUUAGUUGCAAUUUUUAAGUUGUGUAAGCUUGAUUUGAAAUGUACACAAAGAUUUUAUUUUAGUAUUAAGUGUCUCAUAAAUAUUUUCAUUUGUAUUCCGUCCGACGAAAGCACAUCAAAUGAUUGCCUUGACUAGUAUAUAGAAUACCAAUACGAGUAUUGUAUUUUUUAUAUAUUUAUAUUUCAAGUUUUUUUUACGAAAGUAAUUGUUAAUUGUAGUUGUAGUAAGUGUCUGACACUCUUCAUAUUGUACAAACUCGUUUAACGCCAAUAAAAUUAUUAAAAUAAACAAAAUAUGGGAAAA